AUGGCCGCCGCGAUGGCGCUCCCCGCCGCAGCUCUGCUCCUCCUAGCGACCUGCCUCUCUCUUCCCACGGCGACUGUUUCUCAGAUUGCCGACAGGGACUUCUCCUGCCCCCCAGGGUUCAUUCCCCUGAGCGAAGUCCUUGGCUUGCCCCCGGUGUGCGCUGUGGAUAAGUGCUUUGGGAACCCUGGUCCUUGUGGUGCAGCUAACCAGUGUACAUACAAGACGACCGGCGUCUCAGGGCGUACCUUCCUCGAGUCUGUGUGCACCUGCGCCGCCCCUUCUGUGCUCAGCCACAUCGUCUACGAAGACUUCUGCUACGUGCCAGGAACCGAUCGGUGCAACCCCAACCCCUGCAAGAACGGAGGCACGUGUCAGGCGGUCGCAGACUUCAACGGUGUCUUGGGUGCCUUCAAAUGUACCUGCCCCAGCAACGUCCAGGGGACCACUUGCGAGCUGCCCUCCGUUUCUUUGCAGAAAUCCAGCUCCCCAACCGACGCCCUGGACGGCAACCCCGCCGCCCACAUCGACGUCGAGUCGCCCUCCCAUUCCCUUCGGCAACUUUCCGCCGGCCGAUACGUCUGCUGUGACUACCUAGGCUGCAACGGAUUCAUUGCCGACAACCUCACCCCCAACUGCAAGAACCGUGGAUACUAUCCUCCAAACUUCGGCGCAAGCGGAGGGGCGCCUUCGCCUCCUACGACACCCCCGCCUCCUACGGGUGACCAGGGCGUUUGCGGAAUGCCGGGCGCUGAGCCUUUCCCCACCCGUUGUUGGUUCAACAACGACCCCCAGGGCCGCUACGUCUGCUGCGAUAACCAGGGCUGCGACGGUUUCAACGCCGAUAACCUAACCCCGCACUGCAAGAACUUUGGUUAUGUGCCCAACAUGUCCGGUAGCAUGCCGCCUCCCGCGCCCGUCGCAUCCGCCAGUGGACCGCAAGGAGUGUGCGGCCUAGGAGCAGCGUCAGACUUCCCGAACCGCUGCUGGUACAACAACGACCCCCAAGGACGUUACGUCUGCUGCGACAAUGACGGCUGUGCUGGCUUCUACGAGCCGGACAACCUUUUCCCUCGCUGCAAGACCAACGGUUUCGUGCCCCCCAGCCUCUAA